AUGGCACGAAUAAGAAAGAUAACUACAAAUAGAGGAACUGACAGUGAGAUAAUGAAGAUAGCUGCAGAAAUUUGCAUAAAUGAAAGCAAAUCAGUAAGGUCGGUGGCUGGUGAUUUUGAUAUUUGCAAUGUUAGUCUCAAUCGAUAUGUAAAAAAAAUAAAAGCUAUACCACUGUAUUGGACUGAAAAUAAGUCAGCUGGUGUGGACUGGUUUUCUAAUUUUUUAAAAAGGAAUUCUACAUUGUCAAUUCGCCAACCAGAGGCCACAAGUUUGUCGAGAGCGAUGAAUUUUAAUCCUAUUAAUGUAAACAUGUUCAUGGACAAGUACGAAUCUGUACUUAUUAAAUAUAAAUUUGAAGCACAUCAAGUGUUUAACUUAGAUGAAAUCGGCAUUACUACUGUUCAAAACCCAGGAAAAAUAAUUGCAGAGAAAGGGAAAAAACAGGUUGGAGCGAUAACUUCAGCAGAGCGUGGAACACUAGUUACAAUGUGUUUGGCAGUUAAUGCAGUUGGAAAUGCUAUUCCUCCGAUGUUCGUUUUUGCUAGGGUAAAUUAUAAAGAUCACUUUAUUAGAGGUGGUAAGCCAGGUUGCAUAGGCACAUCUAACAAAUUAGGGUGGAUGCAAGGUGAACAAUUUUUAAUAUUUAUGCAACAUUUCACCAAACAUGUACGUUGUACACCGGAAAAUAAAGUUCUAGUACUCCUGGAUAACCAUGAGUCACAUUUAUGCUUACCAGUCAUAGAUUACUGCAGAGAAGUCGAAACAUUAGAAACACAGUCAAUUUCCCUGGUGACACCUGAAAAUGUUAGACCAUAUCCAAAAGCUAAAUUAAACUUAAAAAUUACACAAAAAGGUGGAAGAAGAAAGGGGAAAGCAACCAUACUGACAGACACACCAGAGAAAAAUGAGAUUGCACAAAGAGCAGCUGAAAAAAACAAAAAUAUUAAACGUAAACUAUUUCCUACAGAAGCUAAAAAAAGAAAAGGAAAAUUAUAUUCAAAUAGUAAAAGUGGGGAAGCUUGGAUCCAAUGUUGUAGGUGCAAGUUUUGGUCACAUGAAGCUUGUGCCAAAAUUAUGUUUACUGCUUAUUAUACAUGUGACAAUUGUGAAGCUGACGAUGAAAAAUAA